UCUCAAAUCAUAACCCAUCAAAUAUACUACAACUAUUACCCUCUGUUAAUCAAUGAUUUUGCUGAUUCUUUAAUUUUACGAUUCUGUGCUCCAAAUUCUCAUGAAUCUUUGGGGUUUACGGCAAAUCGGAAUGAGGACGAGCUUAAUUCUGACGAAGAUUCUCAACUAGAGUUGCAUUCAUGGAGGCGAUUUGAGAUCUUAGGGUUUUCUCUUGGGUAAUUUCUGGGGGACCUUCUUUAUCCAGCGGUUGGGCCCCGGCGCAGAGAUAAAGGAAGUGAAAUGAAGGAGCUUUUAGGGAGUCCCGGGUCGAGGAGUGGCUUGGCAUUGAGGAUUGGCCAAUUUACUUUCGCCACCGCAUCCAUUGCAGUCAUGGCCUCCGCUUCUGCUUUUUCCACCUACACUGCCUUCUGCUUUUUGAUUGCUUCUAUGGGACUUCAACUGCUCUGGAGUUUUGGGCUUGCAUGUCUUGAUGUUUAUGCUUUGAGGAGAAAGAGAGACCUUCAGAAUCCAAUUCUAGUGAGCCUAUUUGUUGUUGGUGAUUGGGUUACAGCAAUGCUAUCACUUGCAGCUGCAUGUUCAUCAGCAGGGGUUAUAGUUCUUUAUGCAAGAGACUUGGAUAUCUGCACGAGACACAGUCCUUUUGCAUGCAGCAGGAUCGAAAUAUCUGUAUCAUUGGCAUUUUUCACCUGGUUUCUGAUUGCAAUAUCAUCUCAUGUGAUGUUAUGGAUCUUGGCAUCAAUUUAAACUCAAUGCAUUGCUUGCUCACAGUGAACAUAUAUGCAUAUAACAGUACCUUUCAAUGUGUAAAUGCCUCUCUCUCUCACUCUCCCCUUUUCCUAACAUGCCUUCAUUUUUGGGCAAUUCUCUGAAGGUUGGAAGACUUGUUGUUUAUGCAUAUCGAGGAUGCUUGUUUCAGUAUUCUAUUGAAAUGAAAGCUUACUUUGUUC